GUAUGCCCUGUUUUGACAGCAAGCGUUUGUAGUGUUUACAUUUUCUCUUUUUUUCUCUCAAAUUUGAGUCAAAAUGAAUGCGCCUCCAACCUUCGAAUCGUUUUUAUUAUACGAUGGAGAAAAGAAAAUUAUUCGGGAACAAGAUACUAAAGUCCCCAAUGCGGCAAUUUUUACUGUAAAUAAAGAGGAUCAUACUCUUGGAAAUAUGAUUAGAAACCAGUUGUUAAAGGAUCCAAAUGUAUUGUUUGCUGGUUAUAAAUUGCCACAUCCUUUAGAACAUAAGUUUGUCUUAAGAAUACAAACAACUUCCGAUUAUUCACCACAAGAAGCAUUGACAAAUGCCAUCACUGAUUUGAUAUCUGAAUUGUGUUUGUUUGAAGAACGUUUCAAGGAAGCCAUUAAGGAGAAAAAGGAAGGUUUAGAUUAAGUAUUUUAUUGUUUAUUAGGUAUGUUUUAAGAAUUCCAAAAUAAAGAUCAUAUUGUGUAU